AUGGUCGAUUCCGAGGAACAGCAACCUCUUGUUUCCAAGAGCUCGAAGGUUCAAUAUAUCUCGAUUCCAAGCGCCGAGGACACGAAUAUUUCCAUUAGUAAUAAUAGUAAUGUAAAUAUAUCUAUUGAUGAGUCGAUCAAUAAUGAUAACCAUAUUCCUAUUCAAUAUGUCAAAAGAAGAAAAUCCAUCUUGGACCAUCCGAUCGGUUCAUUUCGUGGUGUGAACUCAUUAAGUCGCUUCGCAACUUCAGUAAGAAGAGCCAAUUCUUUUAGAACCAUCAGUAUUUCCAAUAAUUUCAAUGAUAAUUUGGAUUUGGAUUUCGUUGGUGACAAUUCUUUCACUGAAACUUCAAGGCGCGUUUCAACUGUGUUACAUAACAACGGCUUAAAUAGUCUUUCUGGCCACCCUUCUAUAUUAAACAUUCAAGAUCCCGUUGGAAGAUAUCAAAAUAAUAUUUUGAACAGUAAUAAUAAUUUGUUGGACUCUUCGUCUUUCCAAGUAGUUGAGCAAACAAUAGAUUUAGGCCAAAAUGCUAACCAUAAUCCCAAUGAUAUCAGUGUUGAUAUGGACACUGACUACGAUCAAACUUCAGUAAACACUUAUAAUAACACUAUUAACAAUACUAUUUUACUCGAUCAUAAUAGCAUCAUUAAUCAUUCUAAUGAACCUCUAGACUCGGCUGAUUCUAUCGUCAUUCAAAGAGUAGAGAAAAAAGAUGGGACUGUAAUCACUAUUGUGUCAGGGAAAUCUACUGCUCCACAAACUAUCUUUAAUUCAAUUAACGUAUUAAUUGGUAUGGGUCUUUUAGCUUUACCAUUAGGCUUAAAAUAUGCAGGAUGGGCCCUUGGUUUAAUUAUGUUAUCUAUUUUUGCCUUCUCAACAUUUUGUACCGCAGAAUUGUUAUCAAGAUGUUUAGAUACUGAUCCAAAUUUAUUAUCUUAUGCAGACUUGGGUUAUGCAGCAUUUGGUGCUAAAGGAAGAGCUUUAGUCUCUGUAAUCUUUACUUUGGAUUUGUUAUGUGUUGGUGUUUCAUUAAUCAUUCUUUUUGGUGAUUCUUUAAAUGCUUUAAUUCCAUCAUAUUCUUCAGAUUUUUUCAAAAUUAUGAGUUUUUUUAUUGUCACACCAGGCGUAUUCAUCCCAUUAAGUAUAUUAUCUAACAUUUCAUUGUUAGGUAUUAUAUCCACAAUCGGAACUGUCUUUUUAAUAUUUGUUUGUGGUAUCUUUAAGAAAGAUCAACCUGGUUCUUUAUUAAAUCCAAUGCCAACUAACUUAUGGCCUUUAAGUUUUAAAGAAUUAUGCCUUUCAAUUGGUCUUUUAAGUGCUUGUUGGGGUGGUCAUGCAGUAUUCCCAAAUUUGAAAACUGAUAUGAGACACCCAUAUAAAUUUAAAAGUUGUCUUAAAAAGACAUAUAAGAUUACGGCAUUAACCGAUUUCUCAACUGCUAUUGUAGGAUUUUUGAUGUUUGGUAAUAGCGUCAAAGGUGAAAUUACAAAAAAUGUCAUGAUUACAAAAGGGUACCCAGAAUUUAUUUAUCUAUUGAUUUCAUUUUCAAUGGCAAUGAUUCCGAUUGCUAAAACUCCUUUGAACGCAAGACCAAUUAUUAGUGUUCUUGACACUUUAAUGAAUAUUAAUCAUAUUGAAUUUAAAUAUACUGGGUUUAAUUUGAAAUUAGCUAAAUUUUUACAAAUUUGGAAUAAAAUUUUUGUCAAUAUUUCAUUCAUUGUUGUAGCAAUUUUAUUCCCAGCUUUCGAUAAGCUAAUUGCAUUCUUGGGUGCAGGUUUGGUCUUCUUUAUUUGUUUGAUUUUACCUUGCUCAUUUUAUUUGAAAAUUUGUAAAUAUACUAUUAAACCUUGGGAGAGAAUCGCGUGUAUUACAACAAUUGUUGUCAGUAUAAUAUUAGGUGUACUAGGUGUCACUGCUGCCAUCCUUUCUUAA